AUGCUACGCCAGCCAUCCCAAUCAAGAAAGUUGCUGCGUUUUCCAGUCAUCCAGCUAUCCUCAUUUCAUGUGUCGCGGCGUGCAGCAGGCUCAACAGGGCACGCAGCGACUUCUGCGAGCGCUGAGAGAUUUCGCUGCCACGAUAAUAAUGACAAAGUGGCUCUCCUGUUUUGUGAGUGUUUUAAGGGUAUGGAGGAGCUUUUGGUGCGGCGCCCCGGUCAUCCAGUGCAGCGUCCUAUGACAUCACCGCUUUUCACCACACCUGCUGGGGUCAUGUCUUCCUCAUCCCUGUCAUCAAGCGGCAAUGGGAGGCAUGUGCAUUCAGUAAAAACUGCCAGAUCUUUCUUUCCCAACAGGGAUGACCUCUUCCCUGAUCUGACUGUGUCGGGCAUGUGCCGCGAGAAGAUAUCCUUCUCCCCCUCGUCGGGAACGUCAGAACUCAAAAAGGUGGCAUCAGAGUCGGAUGGAAACAAGGGCAAUAAUAACAAACACAUGCAGGCACGGUCUCCCACUCUGGGACGACCAGUAGCUUCUUCGGUUGACCAACAGACGACGUCAGAGACGUCUGCGGCACCAACGGCAGCUGCCUAUGCCGAUGCUCAGAGUUAUGUGUACGCGUAUGGCUUGUGGCAAAGCCGGAACGCGGCUCUUCUACAAAUGGUGGCGGAUAUGCAAGAGCUGGCAAACAAGGCCCGCUACCUGCGUGAUGUGCAGGGUGAGGGUAUACAAGAAGGCAUGAGGCAAACAACACGGUUUACCUUCUAUGUGGUUUUUCCCUUUGUCUUACUGGUGAGCAUUUUUUUUUUCAAUGAUUCUGCACUUUACAGUUCGCAGCUGCACCACCUGCGUUUGGUUGAUUACGAUGCGUGGCUGGCAAAUAGGAAGAACCGUGGGAGGGGGGGGGCCUUGCUGGCAGUGCUGGUGGUGGUUCCGUUUUUGACAGACCCAAGCAGGGGAGGUGAGAAACUCCAAGAAAGGAAAGACUGA